UAAAAUGAAGGAAGAAAAGGAGCGAUGGAAUUGCUGAAGCUUUCGAAGUUGAAGCUCCAACUUCAAGCCCUCGUCGCCGAAGUUCGAGAUCUCAGGGACAGAGAACGCUCCGCCACCGAGCAGCAUCACCUUCUUCUCCAGAAGCUGAACAAUAAUGAGGAAGAGUGUGGCAGAAAGAUACAGGAAUUGCAGGGCGAGUUGGCUUCCGUCAGAGAGGAGCGUCAGAAGCUGGAGAGAAAGGUGAAUUAUCUAGAGAACGAUAAUGUGAUGCUUGAGAACAAGCAGAAAGAGUUGAAGGGAACGCUGAAUAAUUUGCUUCAGUCUAGGGAAAGCUUCGUGCAUGCUUACGAGGUUAUCUUAAUGUUUGUGUAGCCCUUUUCUUGCCUCAUACACACACCCAUAUAUAUGUAUUUAUGUUACUAUAUAAAAGUGGUGCGUUACGUGAACAACGAUAAUGCUAGUGAGUGAUGCUAUAUCACCCUACAAUAUCUUAUUUAUAAAGAAAUAAUUAAAUGAAAAAAAUGCAUAAAAUGUCAUGAAGAUAUGAAAAACAUUCAAUACUUUCGUUACGUAACUAAUUGGAGGAUUAGGAUGAUUUUGCAGAAAAAAUUAGUUAUACAAUGCUAAAUUCUAAAUGAUGGCAGGAAAGAGAAGUCUCUUCCUUCUCUCAUUUAAUUUUUUUAGCUACCUUUUAUUGUUCGAUAAAUAAAGUUAUGAAUUUGAGCAUUACUGAAAUUGGUGAGGUUACUUUUGUGGAUU